UUGUGCAUCGUUCAGAUAGAGUGGUGAACCCUUGGCACUCAAGGCCAGUUUGGACGCAUGAAUGAAACCCCUGGUGGGACACUGCAGUUCUUCACACAGUCGCUGUUACUCUACAUUCAUGCUUCAUUAUUUGGCAACCUGUUAAAUCAAAUCCCACAUUUAGCUCGAAUUGUAACGCUGAGACCCUGAGAAAAUGCUUUCAACCACUUGAGCAACACUUUCUCCGAAUCUCACAAUCCGACACGUAAAAAAAAAAAAUGUCCUGGAAUGCUCCGUUCGGGUCCACAAUAUUGUUCCGAAAUAAAGCUGCUGCCGUGUAAUUAAUGUGCCAUUUAAAAGACACGAGGACAAUGCGAGCGUUCAAGCUAUUUGAUUUCAUUUAAUUUUCCAUCCCAUUUGCUCUGAACACUGCUUUAGCUCCCAAAACCUCUGCUCCAAUGAGCGCUCUGGGAUGACUUUCACCCUUUGCUUUUCCCGGUUAGGAGGACAGAAAAGAAAACGUCCCCGUUUCCGCCUUUGUGCACAAUUUAUUAGUUGGAAAACUUCGACUUUAAAGACACAAGACGAGAAUGAGAAUGGGCCCGGCUGGUGUGAGAGCUGUAGAGGCCGGACCCGCUGUUGCAGAGCGGAUGGGAACCAGUCACAAAUGGCAACAUUAAUAAAUAACCCACCACACAGCCGGCCUUUGCAUGCGCCUAUUCAAAAAUUGUUCGCGUGUCGUUCACGCUCUUUGACUCAUUAAGGAGCCCAAAGAGAAGGCUCCCAGAAAGGAGCAGUGGGGUACCUUUUCCUGAAGAAAGAAAUCCCACCUCUGCUUCUCCAAUUACAGCGGAGUGUCAUCGCAGAGUCGCCAGGGCAGAGGUUAGCGGGACAUGUUCAUGGCUUGAAUUUAUCGCCCACAAAUUCUUGUUUCUUUCCUUCGGCCUCUGUUCAGUCAUUGAGGACCACGAUCAAAGAGGUCAAAUUAAGUUUUAAAACCAGUGGUAACAAUACCACUGAAGUCACUUCAGAUGACACCCAAUGGUCCUGAGUGAAAAUCUGAGUGGGCUCCUCUUCUUGACACACGUCCAAAUGAUAAAAAAAAGAAAAGACAUUUAACAUAAAACACUAACUUGUUAUUUAUUUAUAACUUUGUAUUCAAAAGAGCAAUGCCUUAAAAAUGUUACAUGGAUCAAGUAGGCUAUAUUAAUUCGUAGAGGCUAAAAUGAUCACUUAAUAUGCAUUAAUAAAAUGUAUUUAGAAAGUAUUAUUGCUUUUCCUUUGAAAACAUUCUAUACAAGUGAAAGCCGCUAAAAGAUUUCGUGUUUUGUCCUGCGUCCUUUGAUAAAGUCUUCUCCAUUAAUUCUAGAGCCCUGCAGGGCGCUUCAUCAAAACUGAAUGCGACCAUCCUGAUACGUGAUCUGUCGUCAAAAAGUGUGAAAUGAUAAGGUGGUGGUUAUUUUGAAAGCGGCUCUUAUUUUUUUGGCUGGUUCUCCCGUUGAGUACCUGCCCGGUCCCAGCACGGCACACGCCGGGAGUCAAUAGAAGUUAACAAGUCUCCCAAACAUUCCUGCUCCUUUUGUUGAAACGGCAACAGACAAUGCAGCCAGAGAGAGAAUAAAGAGCUUUGAAGUACAUAAAACCUAAAAGGAUGCAGCCAAGUAGAUUUAAAGUAGUCACUGAUUUCCAAAAACUGGUUUGUAUGGGAACAAUAAAAGGGGAGAGAAUUUAUGGAGAAAUUAUACAGUGGAUUUGUCACUUAAAAUAUCGGAACUGUCUGGAGGACAAAGCCACAUGCUGAGGAUUAAUGGUUGCGCCAGACCUUUGAUUCUGCACUCUCUUUUCUCUGCCCUUGACAAAUUGGAUUUUGGGGAUGGGAAGGUCGCUGGGGCCUAUUGUCUCUUGACCGUUUGGAGCGGUUCAUUAUGCGUGAGGGUGAGGGAAAGUCUCCAUGUGACCAUUUCGGAGGGUUCUACAGCUGCUAAAAGAGCGCAACUCUCUCAUAGCGCGCUGCUCGCCCUUGCGCAUUAAUGUGCCGAGGGGUACCUGACUGCGCCAUAAGUAAAAGCCGGAUCACACACGCCACCGCGUCACUUGGCGGGCGGAUAUUAGUCUGUCCUCAUCUCAGACUCUCUGCUCAUCUCAAUCAGUGCCUGCUUGGUCGUCCUGGUUCUGAUAGCUCAGCCCCACGCAGAGCUAGCCAUGCAAGCGACUCGGACACCCACUAUCAGUGUGUUCGCCGACUGCAGCAUCCCAGCCGGGCUUCGGAUAGGUCCGGUCCCGGGCAUCUUCAAACUGGGGAAGUAUGUUUCGGACCGCAAGGAACUUGGAGUGAAAAAGAAGAUCCGUCUGGUGAGGGGAGAAUUUGUGGAUGAGUCUGGCAGCGCAGUUCCAGAUUGGAUCGGGUUAAUACGCGCGGCCAGGAACAGUCAAGAACAGAACCUCGAGGCAGUCUCGGAUUUACCUGGAGGACAGAUAUUCUAUCGCGUGAUAAGAGAAAUACAGACUGGAGAGGAAUUGAGCGUUUGGUAUUCCAACGCACUGGCGCAAUGGUUUGAUAUUCCUACGACUGCAACUCCAACUCAUGACGAAAAAGGCGAGGAGCGCUACAUUUGCUGGUACUGCUGGAGAAUAUUCAAAUACCCGAACACUCUGAAAGCUCACGUGCAUUUCCACUGUGCGUUGAGCAACGGCAGAAGUUUGGUGAGCAACGAGCAAAUGAGAGGCACAGACAACUUCAACAGAUCUCCGAAAUCCGGAGACAUUCCGAAUACGUCGUCCUCUCCACGGAACGGCCACAGCACCUUCAUGUCAGACGCAGUGAAACCGUUCGCCAAUAAAGCGGGACUAUCAAAAAAAACGAGCGCAGAGGAGCAGGACAGAGCCCUUGACAUGAGUGUGACCUCCGCCAGGAACCCCGGUCACAUCCUGGGCCUCGGCGGGACGUCGUCUGUGCUCAACAGCAUGGGUUUCCAUCCAGGCGUGCGCUCUGCUUUCAAACCAAUGGGACUUUCAAAGAUCUCCCCGGCUGAGGUCGCGAGAGAUGAGCCUACUGUGAAACCAAACAGUAUUGGGUUUAGUAAACUGCUUGGAAACAUCAAGUCAGUGCGCACCCUAAAUGACCCUCCACCAAACGUUCAUCCCACAAAAUGCGCGCACCCCAUGGACAGCACGCCUCCCGUGAUCCCCUGCGCAAACACCAUCCGUGGCUUUCCUCUACUGCCACAUUUUGAGGAGACCUCAGCUUUCAAACACGUUGAAAGCCGCAUGCACCCUGCCCUGUCGCCCUCGCGCUACUCCCAGCUUCCAGCCGGGUUUCACUUCGAGAGGUUCUCCUUGCCACAGUUUGACGGGGGAAAGUCCUACAAUGGAGACUGCAACAUACCCCUCAUGCCAUUCACGGUUUACAACGGAGAGCUCCUUUAUAGCUCCCCGUACUACCCUCUGAAAUUUCACUUCGGCAACCUGCUCAAAUACCCAGACUACUUUGGCGCGCCCGCUCUCAAUCCAGACCUAAACGCGAUUACGAAUAUAGACAGGGAGAUCGCGAUGCACACGCAACAGCUGUCUGAAAUCGCCGUGGAGAAGAACCGUUCACGGCUGGAGUCUAUGCCCGCAUCGAACCCAAACUCGGGCAAGCCAAAAAAGGGACACCUGUGUCUUUACUGUGGCAAACUGUACUCUCGAAAAUACGGGCUGAAGAUUCACAUGAGGACUCAUACAGGCUACAAACCACUCAAAUGUAAAGUGUGUUUUAGGCCUUUUGGCGAUCCCAGCAAUCUCAACAAACACAUCCGACUGCACGCGGAGGGAAAUACGCCAUACAGGUGCGAGUUUUGCGGGAAGGUUCUCGUGCGCAGGCGAGAUUUGGAGAGGCACGUCAAAUCGAGGCAUCCUGGUCAAAGCAUUAAAAAAUCCGACGACAAAAUGGAAGGCAUCUUCGAGGACGCCGAGCAAAAAAGCGACAACGACAGCGACGUCGACGUUUGCUUUACAGAUGAUCAGAGCGACCAGGAAUCGAGUAAAAACAAUGAUUAAUGGACCGAUUU